AACACCUGAGGCACACUCAACAUUGCAGUAACAAUUCGCGAGAGCGGCUACAAGGCUCUGUUUUUAUUUUGUUCCCCUCCCGUGUGACGAACUCCUCAGAGGAAAGUUCGUCCGUGCAAAAGAAAAACGGAGGCGAGAACUGGGUCACUCCGAAGUCCCUGGGACGUGUUUUAAUGAUGAAGUCACUUUCCGGUGCUGCGUGCGGACUGGGAAGAAACAAAACUUCCACCUCGGUCAGCCCGCUGCAGAACCUCAGCAUUUGUGUGGCGCCGCUCCCGGAGCUGACCACCCUCCGGCCCGAAUGCGUGAUUCCGUUCGGCUCGUCGGGUGGUGGAGGGGGAGAGAAUAGAUCCCCUUCCUCUCUGCUGAGAAACAAAAGACAUGGUUAGAUUUUGCAACGGGGGGGGGGGGUUGCACUGAAAUUGCGUGAAACUGUGCAUGAAAUGUUGAUUUUUUUUAAAAAAGAAAAAAAAUUUGAUGGUGCGGAGAGAGUGAGUGUGAAUGGUAACUUUGCAACCCCCUUCCCAGCCUCUGAAUGUUGUCGCAAUCCCUCCCGGCGAUGCGACAAAGUUAUGACGCCGCAAAACCUCGUAUUUUUCAGACGCAGCAAAAAUGCGACGUCCCGUCCGAGUGCAAAUGCAACUUUAAGUCGCCAUCUUAAAGCUCCUGGUGAUUUUUCUUUCCCCCCCUCAUUGAUCUGCACAUUCCCUCGAAACGAGCAGCGGGGCAACUGGGUGCACAGCCCGCCCUCCUGAGUUACGCCGGAAUUUUGCGAUACGCCGCCGCAAAAUGGCACAGGAGGACGUCUUCCGCCGCCGCAAACUCAACUUCAACGAGGACGAGACCGAGAUCCUGAUCCGGGAAGUGACACUCAACCAGGAUCAACUCUUUGGAAGAGGGGAUACCAAACUGCCCCCGGGGGCCAAGAACAAGAUCUGGCUGUCAAUUCUGGCCAAGGUUAAUGCAGUGUCCAAGUGCACCAGGGACGUCGGGGACAUCAAGAAGAGAUGGUAUGACAUGUGCCACCGCACCAAGGACAAGGUGGUCAAGUUGGCGCAGGAGGCGUUGCGGAACGAGAGAGCCAUCACCCGGACCCGGGAGGAGGAGGAGGAGGAAGGUGACGGGCCCCCCUCGGCGUCCCUGCGUCACCCCCUAGCUGCCCCGGGCACCAGGGUAGGUGACGACAGCAGCGAGCCCAGUACCAGUGGCGCCAGCCAGGACAGCAGCGCUGCCCCGGCCAGCAGCCCACACGAUGCCCCCUGCCAGCGGAAGAAGCUGCCGCCGGCCCUGCCCCUCCCUGUAGCUUGGCACAGCAGGCAGGUGCCACCAAUGCUCAGCCACCAAACUGGAGUGCAGUGGCCGCCGGUCUUGCUGUUCGCACUGGGCCAGAAUGCUACGCGAGACAGCAUUCGGGAGCGAGUCCCGGACCAUCAAGCAGGCAACACCUUCAAUGAAUCUGAAUCACUCGUGGAAUUGGAUGUAAAGGAUAACAUGUCCAAUGUAUCCAAGGACAGAAGUAAUAGGUGGCAAGAAAUUCAGAAAGGACUCCAAUUUAUCCAAUCUCCAUUGCCGUAUCCUGGUACUGAACGAGAAUAUGAGGUGUUUCUUCAAGACCUCGUGAGAAAUUUAUAUGAUGAGGGAAAUGAUAAGUUCAGAGAACGCAAUUGGGCUGAUGCUUUGAAUCAGUAUACUGAGGCUUUAAAUGUGGCUCAUUAUGCAUCUGAAGAAGUCAGUAUUGUAAGUGGAGUAAUAGAGAAGCUGUAUGCAAAUCGUGCAGCCUGCUACUUGAAUAUGGGUCUCUAUAAUCAGGUAUUAGAUGAUUGUGACAAAGCUUUACAGUUGAAUGAUCGUAAUUACAGAGCACUCUAUCGAAAAGGAAAAUCCUUGAAAGUGUUAGGAAGGCAUGAGGAAGCCUACAAAGUUAUUGCAGAGUGUUCACUAGCUGUGCCACAGGAUGAACUUGUGAUAAAAUUAACCCAGGAACUGGCUCAGAAAUUAGGAUUAAAAAUUCGAAAAGCUUAUGUUAGAACUCAACCUCCCUUAACUCCUGUUGCUGUCAGCUCUUUAUCUUCUGUUGAAUCUUCUAACCAACCCACCAGUGGUUUGGAUUCUGUUGAAGAUAUUGAAAUAGAUUUCCCAGGAUUGAGUUCAGAGCCUUCUGUUUCUUCAUCUGCCUCUUUGGAUGAUAUCCCUCAAACACUAUGUGAUUCAGCCUCAAUUACAGUUGUUUCUAAUUCUGCAUCACCCACUCCAAAACUGUCAGAGAAAACCAACCUCUGCAGUACUGCACUGGUGAAUGGAGAAGUACCUUUUUCAGUGCCUGAGUCACGUUUAGAAUUCGGUGAUGGUGACAAAAUAGGAGACGAUUUGGAUGAGCUGUUAGAUUCAAUGUCCACAGCUGAAGAAACUCAAAUGAAGCCCAUGAAUCUUAAAGGAAGUAUUUCUUCUAGCCUGCCAGCCAAUAUGCCUUCCAGUAUUCCUUGUCCCAGUUCUGUCUUGGUGCCACCACCCCAAGUUAUAAGUAACAGUAUUCCUUCGGUGACUCUUCCGUCAGUGUAUUCACUAUCAAUGAAUAUGCUACCCUAUGAUACUUUUGGGUCUAGAAUGGAUUCUUUAGACUCUCUGCCUAUUAUGGAGUCCCAGAGAGCAAAACCUCCAGGUCUUGGAGUCAGUACUGGAGUACAAGGACAUAGCAACACCUCGUCUUAUUUGCCUCUAAAUAGUACAAGCAGUCUGUUCAGUAGUAACAGAAAUAUAGGAGUUAUAGGUCAAAAUGGAAGUGGCUUUUCAAGAGGAUCAGAAAUGGGAGCAAAUGAAUUAUCCACACAAACACUAGGUAGAAAUCCGCUGUCGGACACGCAUGAAUUUAAGCAGGCCUGUCCUUCGUGCUUUAAAAUAGAUUCCAAAGGAUUUACAUACACCUACAACAGAGAUGUAGAACAUAAGUGUACAAAGGAUAUUUUAAUUGGUCGAUUGAAGAACCCUGAUGGUAGAUCCUGGAAGAAGAUACGACCCAGACCAACAAAGAAUCAGUAUGUGGGUCCUUAUUACAUAUGUAAAGAUGUUGCUGCAGGAGAAGAAUGUAGAUACCCUGGUCAUUGCACGUUUGCAUAUUGCCAAGAAGAGAUAGAUGUGUGGACCCUAGAACGCAAAGGAGCAUUUAAUCGUGAACUGCUGUUUGAUCCUUUUGGAAGUAGCAGGAAGGUUAAUUUAACUGUAGCCAAAAUUCUACAGGAACAUCAUGGCAUAUUUAUGUUUCUCUGUGAGAUAUGUUUUGAUAACAAGCCCAGAAUGAUACACAAAAACAAUAAGGAUAACCAAGCCUACUGUUCCAAUCCGGAUGCCAAGCAUUUAUUUGAGCAGAACAAGUGCCUUGUUCACAUCCUUCGAGAGACAACGGUGAAAUGUUCGAAAAUCCGAUGUUUUGACAGUACCAGGCUACUUGACCUCUGCCGCCAUGAAGUUCGCUUUGGUUGUAACAGAGAGGAUGAAUGUUUCUAUGCACACAGUUUGAUAGAACUGAAGGUCUGGAUGAUGCAACGUGAUACACAUAUCUCUCACGAAGCAAUUACUCAGGAAUCAAAAAAGUAUUGGCAGAAUUUGGAAGCUAGUAGCCAGUCAGGACAGGUACCUCUUGGCAUGUCAAAAUCCAGAAACCUGAACUUAAAGCUCAAGUUUGUGUGUGGACAGUGUUGGAGGCAUGGGCAAGUCAGCGAGCCAGACAAGAACCGGAAAUACUGCAAUGCUAAAGCCAGACACCCUUGGACCAAAGAACGUCGUGUGCUGCUAGUGAUGUCCAAUGAGCGUAAGAAGUGGACAACUAUACGUCCUCUGCCGUCAAAGAAACCCAUUCCACAGCAGUUUGAUUUAUGCUUGCAUAUAGCUAAAGGAAAGAAAUGUACGUACACUGGGCUUUGCUCAUUUGCCCAUAGUCUUGAGGAAAAAGACAUGUGGACCUAUAUGAAAGACAGUAACAUCUUAGACAUGGAACAACUGUAUGAAAUGUGGCUGAAGAGCCAGGAGCCAGAGAAAGAGGAAGUAGUUAAUGCACCAAAGGAAAAUGGCAAACAAAUCCACAUGCCAACUGACUAUGCUGAUCUUGUGAUCGGCUAUCAUUGUUGGUUGUGUGGGAAGAGUUGUAACAGUGAGAAGCAAUGGCAGCAGCAUAUAACCUCGGAGAAACACAAAGAAAAAGUUUUUAGUUGCGAGGAUGACCAAAAUUGCUGGCAACAUCGUUUUCCAACAGGACAGUUCAGUGUUUGUCAAAUGCAUGAGGCAGGUAACUGUCCAGAUGAGGAGAAUUGCCAGUUUGCUCAUAGUAAAGCAGAAUUGCAAGAAUGGAUGGAUCGAAGAGAAGUUCUAAGACAGAAACUAGCCAAAGCUAAAAAAGACCAUUUGAUUGCUCCGGAUGAUGACGACUUUGGAAAAUUUGAUUUUUUGAUUAAAGACUUAAAUUAAUAUAAUAACAAUGGUACGUUUGAAUUUACAGAAAUGUGGUAGAAGUUGACAUUUCUUUCAAUUGAAACCAAAACUAAAAGGUGUAUAAGCAGUAAAUCUUUGAAUUGUUCUCCUGCUUUACUUUCCUACAGUAAUAACUACUAAGGUGUUGUGAAAGUGGCAUACAGUAGAGGCAGGAGGACGGCAGUAUUCUCUGCAUUUCCAUGUAACAAAAGGCCAUGGUUUGCUGUCAAGGAGACAUGCAACUUAUUAAAGAAAAAAUCGUGGGUUAUAUUAAAAUGCAGGGACUUGAAUAUUUUUGUGAUAUUCUCCAUAAUGUCAUAGGAAUAUAUUUGAGUAACUUGAGACAUGGGGAAAAAAAACUUCGGAUUGCAAUAAAUGUGAGGCUGAAAAGAUACAGAAUUCAUAGACAUUUCAGUAUCCAAAUAAGUGAAACCAAGAGAGGAAUGGGGAUCAGUAAUGUGGCAAUCCAACGUGGAUAGUUUGUACCUGUUAAGAUGAGUUAGCAUCACUGAAUUUGUUAGAGCAAUAGGAUGCUUCUUUUGAUAACUUUUUUCUUCUAAUAGUUUUUAAGGAAAAUCAUUCAUCAAUAUAUAAGCUGAAUGGUUUAAAUUUUACCAGCAUUUAAUUAUGUGCUCCAUUGUUGGUAACUGGGAAGCAGGUGUUAAAAGAACUGCAUAAAAUAAUUUCAAUACAAAAUUCAAAAUUAUUAAGAUUUUGUUAUGUACAAAGCUUGCUAUUUAAAUGUUGAUUUCCUUAAGAAUCACAAGAAUUGCCAGGUGGCAAAAAUAUAUGGACCAAUAUUGUCAA